UGUGUCCACGAGUAUAUGGACGUCUAUUCCGAGGUGCUGCAGCCGGACCCCGCUGAGCUAGUGAACACCCCCUUCGGCGGGAGGUACUGCGGCCCGAUCCCACCCAGGGCGCGGGUCUCGCUAUACAGGGCGCUCGCUCUCUCCUUCCACACCGACAAGAACGCCUCCACCAGCGACAUCUUCCUCGGCAGAUAUCAAUUUAUUAAUGACUCGGAGUACGAGGUUGGUACGCCGAUCGGUGGUGGGCCUUGCAAUUUUUUGGUAAAAGGCGCCGUCAGACCCACAGGACUCAUUCUAACGCCGACCUACCCGGGUUCCUACCCGAAGGCACUGUACUGUUCCUACCAAUUCCUUGGGGCUUCCGGGGAGAGGAUCCGACUGGAAUUCAGAGACUUCGAUCUCUUUUUUGGAGGACCACACUGUCCAUUCGACUUCGUGAAAGUAUACGACGGUCCGGACAACACCUCCGCCGUGAUAGGGACCUACUGCGGCCAGCAGCGCAACCUGGUCAUCUACUCGUCUGAAUCUUCCCUUCUCGUCACAUUCGUCACCCUUCCACGCACUGCCAAUACUCAGAACAGAGGCUUUAAGGGCAUUUUUGAGUUUUCCAACUCAUUCACAAAAUUAGAUUUCAUAAGUAAGAACGACGGAGAGCACAUCCGCGGCACCGAGUGCGACCAGAAGAUACUGAGCAAAAGGGAGUCCAGCGGGUUCGUCUUCAGCCCGAACUACCCCUUUCCCUACAUGCCGAAGCUAGUCUGCAGGUACUUCAUCUACGGGAUGCAGGACGCGCAGCACCUGGAGAGGGUGCGCCUCGAAUUCGUCCUGUUCGAAAUACCCAAGGGGCGGAAAGGAGACUGUUCUGACGGUUACCUGAAGAUCUAUCUCCGCGGCCAAGAGACCACUGACUCGUACGACAAGUUCGACUACGAGAUGUGCGGGGAAGAAACGAAGCCAUCCGUUGUGGUUUCCGAUGGACCCAGGCUGGUGAUGGUCUUCAGCAGCGGGGAACUGAUGGGUAGGGGUUUCAAGGCGAACUACACGUUCGAGACAGAGUAUCGGAUCCCGGGCACGGCGGCCCCGGACGGGUCCUGCUCGUUCACCUACAGGAGCACCAGCAAGAAGAAGGGGGAGUUCAAUUCGCCGCGAUACCCCGCCAACUACCCCAGCGACACGAACUGCACCUACCUCUUUCUGGCGACGAAUAACGAGCAGGUUUCACUGGUGUUCGAUAACUUCAAGAUACGAGCCGAGAACGCCAACAGCAGCAUCGGAUUCUACGGCACCACGGUUUGCCAGGAAGACUGGGUGGAGAUCCACAACAUCUACCGCGACGGCACGGAGACCAUGAUCGGCAGGUACUGCCACAUGACGGCCCCGGGUCCCAUCGAGUCCAACCGCGGCGCCAUGGGUCUCAAGGUCAUCCUACACUCCGACUCGGAGGGGGUGUUCAGCGGCUUCAAGGCGAGGUACAGCUUCGAGGACGCCAAGUCGAUCUUCGGCGAUUGCGGGGGCAACGUGAGCAGCCUGGACUACGGCGUCAUCACCAGUCCGAACUUCCCGAAGGACUACGGCGCUCCGUCUAAAAGUCAGGCUUCGAAGAGCUGCAACUGGUACGUCAACGUCAGGCCGAAGUACAAGAUCCUGCUGGUGUUCGAAAAGUUCGCCGUGGAAGGGGAACCGCUGGGUCGGGGCUGUCCAGCAGCCGUCCUCAGACUGUGGAACGACCUAACGUCGACGCCGAUAGAACUGUGCGGAGAGAAACCGAUCACGGAGAAGUGGCAGUAUAUAUCGACCUCGAAUACGAUGCGAUUCAGCUUCAUAACCGCCGACAAGGCGGUGGGGGCGCAAGGCUUCAGGGCGGUGUGGACGGAGGUGAUCGAGGGGCCGAGCUGCGACGAGUUCCAGUGCUCGCAGACGGGGUUCUGCAUCCCCGACAAGCUGAGGUGCAACAAGAUGAACAACUGCGGCGCCGGCGACGAAUCCGACGAGGCGGACUGCAAGCUGGAGGAGCCCCCACGGGAGCGCAUCCGUAUGUCGUGGGUGUGCGCCUUGGCCGCCAUAAUGCUGACGCUGGUCCUCCUGUGCGUCAUCUGCCACAGGAAGAGGAGGAGACGCAGACGCAGAGCCGUCCACCGCUCGAUCCACGUCCCCGCCGUCCCAGGGACGUCCCGUCAGCCCCCGCUCCACUUCUGCGAGGAGCUGGGCGAACGAUUCGCCUCCGUCGACAGCGUCUGA